CACAGUCGAAGGAUAAAGUUGCUCUAAAUUCUUUUUUUCCCGACUUUACUAAACAAAAACAAAAAUGUGUGACGACGAUGUUGCUGCCCUCGUAGUUGACAAUGGAUCUGGAAUGUGUAAGGCUGGUUUUGCAGGGGAUGAUGCUCCCCGUGCUGUCUUCCCAUCUAUUGUUGGUCGCCCAAGACAUCAGGGUGUGAUGGUUGGUAUGGGUCAGAAAGAUAGUUACGUUGGAGAUGAAGCCCAGAGUAAGCGUGGUAUCCUCACAUUAAAAUACCCAAUAGAACAUGGUAUUGUAACCAACUGGGAUGAUAUGGAAAAAAUUUGGCAUCACACUUUCUAUAAUGAACUUCGUGUAGCUCCAGAAGAACAUCCCGUUCUGUUAACUGAAGCUCCUCUUAACCCCAAGGCCAACAGGGAAAAGAUGACACAGAUAAUGUUUGAAACCUUCAACACUCCCGCCAUGUACGUAGCCAUUCAAGCUGUGCUGUCCCUGUAUGCUUCUGGUCGUACCACAGGUAUUGUGUUAGACAGUGGUGACGGUGUUUCCCACACUGUACCAAUUUACGAAGGUUAUGCUCUGCCACAUGCUAUUCUAAGGCUGGACUUGGCUGGUCGUGACCUUACAGAUUAUUUAAUGAAAAUCUUGACUGAACGUGGUUACAGUUUCACAACCACAGCUGAGCGUGAAAUAGUUCGUGACAUUAAAGAAAAACUAUGUUAUGUAGCUCUGGACUUUGAGCAAGAAAUGGGCACAGCUGCUAACUCCUCUUCAUUGGAGAAGUCUUAUGAACUCCCUGAUGGCCAGGUCAUCACCAUUGGGAAUGAAAGAUUCCGUUGUCCAGAAGCAAUGUUCCAACCUUCUUUCCUUGGAAUGGAAUCUUGUGGUAUUCAUGAGACCACUUUCAAUUCAAUUAUGAAAUGUGACGUUGAUAUUCGUAAAGAUUUGUAUGCAAACACUGUGCUGUCAGGUGGUAGCACAAUGUUCCCUGGGAUUGCAGACAGAAUGCAGAAAGAAAUCACUGCUUUAGCUCCUAGUACAAUGAAGAUUAAAAUUAUCGCACCCCCAGAAAGGAAGUACUCUGUUUGGAUUGGAGGUUCCAUCCUAGCUUCUCUGUCAACUUUCCAGCAGAUGUGGAUUUCCAAACAGGAAUACGACGAAUCUGGACCCAGCAUUGUUCACCGUAAAUGUUUCUAAGAUUAUUUCGUGAAUCAUUUAUAUAAAUAUCAACCAAGGAUUUGAGGAAUAAACCAGGACAGUGACGUGAGCAAGAGACCUCAAUAGAUUACUUGAAUAAGUGGAGUAACUAUCAUUUUAAAUCUUUCAACAUUUUUGAUAACGAAACAAAUUUCACCGGCAGUCACUGAAACAUUUUUUGCACUACGCUUGUGUGGUCAAAGUUGCACACUGCAUUCCAGAGCCGUUUUUAUAUUCAUAGUUAAUUUAUAUAUAUAUAUAUAUUUUUUUUUUCCCUACGUGUAUGCUUUACAUCCCAAGACACAAGUUGAAGAAAUUAUUCUAAUCUCAACUUGACUUUGCUACAAUAUAAUUUAUAUAAAUUUUGUUGUAAACUAAAGCUGAAUAAAGUUGUUUGUUUAAAAACUG